AUGGUAAGAUUGGUCUCUGAUGUGAAAUGUGAACCAAUUAAUUAUUCAAAUAUCCCAGAAUACCUCAAAUCUAAGUUAAAACAAUCAAAAAGGUCAGAUGGUAGAUCUUUUCUCGAUUAUCGCAAACCAAAUUUCACUAUUUUCAACUUGGAACAUCCAAAUAACUCGCUUUGUGGCAUUCUAUUAUCAGCUGCGACCAUAACUGCGGGUUCUAAUAGUUUGAAUGUUAGAAUUUUUGCGUCAGCAAAUUAUUCAUCUCAAAAAUCUCCAGUAAUCACAACUGUUGAAUUCAACAAACUUGAUGAAGAUGAGAUUGCAGAUAUUGCUGGUCAUAACUUGAACUAUGGAUUUUGGAUUGGUACUAUGAUUGACAAUAUUAUUACUACAUUGAUUGGAGAACAACUAGAACAACAUUUGCCGUUUGAGGAAAAAAUUAUAACUUGCUAUUGGUCACUGAACGUUGUGAUUAAUUUUGAUUCUUAUGAUGGAAAUGGCCUAGAUUGGAGUGUAUUCGCCACAAAUAUCGCAUUAAAGAAUAUUAAAUUUCCAAUUAUAUCAUUAAAUAGCGAAGGAAAAUUUAUCACUCAUCAACAUCAGUGUGGUAGCAAAAUUGAAUUAAAAUUGCCAGCCAUGACUUUUUGCAUCACUUACUGUAAAAUUGGAGAUUGUGUUAUCAUAGAUCCCACUCUUCUAGAAGAAUGUCAUGGCAACAGUUUUACAAUAGUGCUCUGCACAAAUGAUACUAAUAAAUAUCAAGUUGUAUACUAUAAUAAUACAGAAUUAGGCGCAUUCAAUGAAGGUUUAGACGAAGGGCAACUGGAUGUAGCACAACAAGUUAUUAAAUUAUUAUCAAUAUUGUAA